UUUUGCAUUGUGAUUCCGCAAUGACAUUGCAACCUCAUUUAGCAACUUUUAGCAACAAGUCAACCUUCCUUUAGCAACUUCCCCUGAAGAUGAGUUGGCAACACUACUGAAGGUCUUCUUCUGUAAUCUGACUCUAAUGGUUUCCUCAGCAACAGACGUGGCUUUGUUGUAAUCAUGCAUCAUUCAUGAAGAUAACCUCAGUGAACAGGAUGGAAGAGUGUUUGCAUUUGGUCUGUGAGUCGAUGGGUGUACAUGAGGAUGAUGAUGUCGGCGUGGACGUGGUCUGUUCCCUCUAUAAGAGCGUCUUCCUCAUCACCGCCAGCCUGGAUGAGACAAAGAGAGCCAUUAUACAGGUCAGCGGUCAGAGUGGAGGCUUGUCAUGUCCAGCCAGAGGAGUUCUGCAUGUUCUCCUAGUGAUGGAGAAACAACGUGACAACAGAGAAGAGCUGUACUGGGAUCUCCAGAUGUUGAAGGCUGGUAGAAUCAAUCAUAAACAAAACACACAAUCCUCAACAAUCAACUUUAGCUCCAGACAACAGCAGGAUCCAGAGCAGUUUAUUGUCUUGUGUUUUCAGAACAGAACCAAGAGACUUUGCACCAGACUCGUUCUUGACGGCGUGUGGAGUGUCCUACCGUCUCUUUCUCAGAGGAACGCCGGCGUCAUGCGACCGGGCACGAUCUGUCCCAGCACUACCGACAUCCUCCAGCUCCUGUAUUACAAAUAUGAGGUCAUCAGAGAGCGACUGUACAGAGAGAUGUUACAAGAUGAAUAUGGCGUUGUCUGGUGGAACUCGAUGUCAGCGUGGGAUCAGACAGAAUGUGUGUGUGAAUUAGGAGUGUGUGUAGAGCUGGCUUUCAGACACAGAGACUGGCUUCAGGUGUGUGGGCUUCCCGGGGCCCUCCGUUGCUACAGGAGCUGUGGUUCUGUGGUCUUGCGAGGCUGUCCUGAGAGUGUUACAUCUAGAGAUCAGGCUUGGUCAUCUAAAACGAGGGAACAGGCCUGGUCCGCUGUCAUCUUCCUGUCGGAGCUGGACUCACAUUAUCAAGAUGAGAAGGAAUCGAUCAGCGCGCUCAUGAACAGAUUGGGACAGGAAGCUCUGCAUGUUAUAUAUCUCAGUAUGUGUGUUGCUCUGCGGAGAGCCGAGAGAGAGAAUCAGUCCUACACGGCACUGCUGGUCGCCAGACAGCACUGGGACAGAUGGCCUUAUAUGAGAGGUUCAGUCAGUCAGGAUCUCACCAGGAUCUGGAUUCAGGAAAAUGUGGAUCCCACUGCUAAAAAACAGCAGGGCUGGAAAACAGGAAAUUGCGCACAACAGGCUGUGCUGCAGUUUUUGGUUCUGUGUCAGGAGCAGGAAAGGAAACGAUUGGUGGAGAUCAUACACAGGCUUUCCCCGAGUGACCUCGAGGGAAACAUUCAGAAAAACAAUGUGGUUCAUGGAAACGCGGUGGAUCAGAGCUGUGUGUGGAGCCUACAGCAAAUUAAAGCCUCUCUACAGGAAGCACAUGGUUCUUAUACUAGUCCAUUCGCCCCAGGGUGUUCUGGGAUAGGUGUCUCAUGGGGGGAAUGUGCCACUCAUUUGCUGACCCAGCUGACACAAGCACAGGAUGAUGAGGCCUGGACUGUUUUAAACUCUCUGCCAGAUUUGGACCCUGAGGGUCUUUGGACUUUGCUUCGCAAAUAUGAGAGUGAACUUCACAGACCCAGUUUUCACAACCUGCAUGAAGUUUUGCAGUCACGUGGACCAGCGCACGCCAGCAGAGGCACCGGCGCAGUGAACGCUCACACUGAGAGAGAGAGGACUGAACAGGAACAGGAAGAGCUGUCAGAUGGUGAAAAAGAAGAACUCUGCACUGGCUGUGGCAUGGCUUUAGAUCCAGAAGAUACUCCAUAUUUAGAGAUCCUGUGUGUCAGAGACCCAAGAGAUGAAGAGAGCAUGAUGGAGACGAGGGACAGAGACAAAGAGAGAAGAGAGGGAGACAUUAAGAGCAGAGGAGACCCUCAGGAGAUCUCAGUGGAAAAACAAAACUCUCUGAUCACACUGGCCUGGAGCAAACCAGCCCACGCAAAGAAUUACAUCCAGGAAGUGACCUCGGCUCAGGAAGUAGAGGCCAUCUCUAUUGUAAUGCAGGAGGAUACAGCUGAUAACACACAUGUUCCUGGCACAACUGUGAACAACUGUGACAGGAUUGUGAACAUUUACACACAGCAGGAGAACAUAAGCUCCGUCUCACUGCAGCCAAGUGAACAAUAUGAAGAAAUGCAUUCAGAUCACAUAGAUAAUGUGAAAGGAAAGGCACAGAUCCAAGAUGACCGUUCAGGCUUCAUCACAGCUGGGCAGCAACAGGAGGACAUAAGAGAUGGAGAGUUCACAUUCAGUGACACCCAACAGCCCGACCAAACACCACCCACUGCUCCAAGGCUGCUACAAAACACUGACACAACAGAUACUAACACAGCACCAGCAAGUGUCCAUUUCCCAGACACGCAACCCUCGCAAACAUUUGAGACCCAUGAGAUGGAGGCAUCGCUUCAGGAGCUGAGCAACGAUGAGAUCUGUGAGAGAGCAGGUGAGCGGGAGGCAAUGAUGCGCUGUCUAGUGGACAUCCAGAGGAGAGCAGAGCGACGCUGGCAGCGAGACCGAGACAGACAACUACUCAGAGUUCAAGAGCGACUGGCUAUCGUCCAGAGUCGGAAGGCAGAUGAAGAUCUGUUGGGUCUGACACAGGAAGACACACUCAGACAUCUGACCGACACACUACGACAGGAGGACGAGCAACAACAGAAAACUUUAGUAAGAGAGAAACUCCAGCAGAUGAGGAGAGAACGCUCCUGCAUUCUCCAGACCAGACGGGAGAGAAAUACGGCUGGGUUUAAAGAGCUCCUUGCGCCCACAGCUCAACGCAUGACAGAAACUGAAGAAGGACGCUAGUGCGUACUCAACCCCAUUUCUACAAAUAUACAGCACGCAGUCAAAACAUUCAUCCACUUUAUUGAUGUAUGAGCACAAAUGUAGCGGUGUUUGAAUGAUAGCAACUUGUAUUCGCGUUUUAAACACUUCCCUAGUUGCCAAUGAUAAAUGCCGCCCCCUAUAGAUUUAUAACAGUGCUUACAAUGCAUGCACACAUUGGCUGCUGAUCUUUUAAGAAGACUGUGGUGUUUCUUUGGCAAAUAAUAAGUUGCAUGACUCAUAUACCUUUAUCAUAGACAGUAAAGCACAUUAAAACACUUCUGGGUUUGGUUUGCUUUGUAUUAAUCUCAGUAGAGAGUGUGUCACCCACAUGCAUGCUUUUCUGUCCUGCCAUUGAAUAUAAACCAGCACAACAGUACAAGAUGACUGACAGUGCCUAAAUAACUGGCAAGUAUAUAAUGAAUCGCGUUUGAACAUUUUAUUGAACUCCAGGAAGCUCCACAAUGCCUCAGUCUUUAACAACUUUGUGCGUGCGUGUUAAUUAUAACUUAAACAACACAUUCGGUCUCCCCACAGACAGAUAUUUAUAUAUUCAGAGAGCAUAUAUACUGUGAAAGUCUACAAUGGAAAUGUAGUAAUGAAUAAAUUAAAUUAUUUUGCUUUGCCUUUAGUUAUGCUUGUCUUUUAUUUAAAACAGUGCAUGAAUGAGUGUAUUUGUAGGUAAGAUUGCAGUAAAUAAAUGUAAGUGUAUGUCUAUAUAUACUGCAAGUGUGUGUGUUCGGUUCACUAUAUGAAGAACGUGGAGGGCGGAGAUUGAAU